CGUGCUUGUGUGUUUUCCACGUAUAGUAAAUUAACAGAAAAUGGCUAAAAGUGGUAGCUUCAAACCUGGCUCUAAAAAGCACAAACCUGGGUUUAAAAAAAGAGAAAACAAAUGUAUUGUCAUGUUCGAUGACAAGGACCGACAGGAAUUUCUGACCGGAUUCCACAAGAGAAAAGUGGAGAGGCGGAAAGCGGCGGUGGAGGAGAUCAAGAACAAGAUCAAAGAGGAACAAAAGCGAGUGAGAGAGGAGAGACACAAAGAGUAUUUGAAGAUGCUGAAAGAGAGAAAAGAGGCACUUGAGGAGGCUGAUGAACUAGAGGAGGCCAUCACAGGGACAACGGAGUCUGUGCAGUACGAUCAUCCAAACCACACCGUCACCGUGACAACCAUCAGCGACCUCGACCUGUCGGGUGCUCACCUGUUAGAAACAGCGACCAAAAAGGCGUCAGAAGACGGUGAAGAAGAGGAGGACAAUGAGGAAGAGCAAGAAACAAAACCGCUUCCCAAACAAGCCGGCAACCCCCUACUCUCUAAAAAAAUCAAGUCUCUGACGGCUGCGCUCAACAUGCGUACCAAGCAGCAGCAGCAGCAGAAGAAGAACAGGAAGAGGAAGCAGGAAGCCGGAGGACACGGCAGGUCGACCAAAAGGAAGCCCGCGGACGCCGACAACAAGCUUCGGAUCGGGAGGACCACGAAGAGGGAGAGGCGCAGGAGAACGGGGAGGAGAGGGGGGGAGCUAAACUAAGAAUAACUCUGUGUGGACGGCGACUCGUUCAGAUUAGAUUAACUCGACACGGACUAACACGGAGGCAUUGUUCGCCCCCUGUCUCCGCAGAACACAACAAGCCACUUCAGACGCCGGUUGGCCCAGCCUAAGCCGCACCGGGGUGGAUGGACAUUAGCCCAGCUCUCUGUGGACAGAGAAUGAGAACGUUAAAAUUGCCAAAUCUACCAGGCUGAAAGGAGACAUGCAAGACGCCCUGUCUCGGCUGUAAUACUUUGAACGAUAAAUGUGGCGUAUUCGUCACGAGCUCCCACACUCAAACAU